CGCGGCUCUCUUGUGAGACAGAGCGUGUACUGUCAGCUUUGCAGCCUGCUUAUAACACCGCCCUCUGCAGAGUGGUGAGUAGCGAAUAUGGCCCGAUAGCAGUGGCGUGUCUCAACCGUAGAGAUGAUAAACUUCAACAACAAAACAUCUGAACCAACAUCACGUGUUACGUCUGCUACCUUGUCCAUCUCCGAGACGUUCAGUAAUAACCACCUUGUCGCUGUUGCAUCCAGAGGAGCCUUUUACAGGAGAAGGCCGCAGUCUGAGCGUCGCCUAUUGGUGUUACUGGUCGCGGCGUUUCUUCUCAGCGUCGCACUGAUAGUCGCCCUGGCUGUAGUCUCUUACCAGUACUCCCGGCAUGAAGCUGGUGUCCGAACAUGCGACUCUGUUGACUGCAUCCGGUCAGCCGCCAACAUCUUGCAGUCCAUGGACAAGGCCGUGGAUCCAUGUGAGGACUUCUACACCUUCACAUGCGGCAAUUGGGCCGAAGAGCAUCCGACCCCUGACACCGCUAUCGAGCACAACUGGUUCGCUGAGCGCACACAGCACGUGAUGAGGAGAAUUCGAGAUAAUUUGCAAAAGAAUGGCUCUGAGAAUGAACCACUUCCAGUCACACAGGCCAGGAUCAUGUACAUGUCGUGCAUGAAUACAGACGAGCUGGACUCGCAAGGCCUGGAGCCAAUGUUUCAGUUCCUGAGGGACAUUGGGAUGCAGGUUCGUCCCUCCCUCCAGAAAGAAGCCACACAAGAGCCUUUCAACUUGGUGCCGAUAGCUGUGAAGACUAAGCGGCUACUCUACCAGGAUAUACUGGUCGGUUUCUCGAUAUACCCACAGAACUCGAACCGCACCAUACAGAGACUGACGCUGGGAACCCCGGAUGUCAGGUCACCUUUGCCAGGGUACAAAGAUAUAGAUAAGCAAAUUGAAAAAAGAAGAAAAAAAGCGAAAAUGAAAGAAGAAAAAGAGGAAGAGGACGCAUAUUCUGCUGCCUUCCUGGAGUACCUCGCGCAGGCGAUAUCAUAUAUAUAUAGGUGGAACAACAGCGCGUCCCUGGAUAAGGAUUUCGACCUUACAGUGAAAAUGGCCGCCUUACGGAUUCUUGAAAUGGACCAACGGCUAACAGGGGUUAUGAAUGAAAAUGACGAAGAUGAAGAGGAAGCAGUUGAGAUGUCCGUGGAGGAACUACAAGAGUGGACGAAUAAUGACCUCAAUGGAACCUUAAAGUUGAACUGGACAGAAUACUUCACGCUCAUGUUUGAAGGGAUUGAGAACGUGACUCUUCAUCUAGAAGGUGGGGAGGACAAGAUCGUAGUGACUAAUGCAGACUAUCUUAAGUCUCUGAUGAAGUUACUUUCGGAAACUUCCAGUAAAACUCUCGAGCUAACGAUGUGGUGGGAGGUGGUACAUAUACUGGCACCACAGACCAACAGAGACAUGAGAGAGAUGAAGGAACGCUACAUCGAGAGGGUUAUGGGAGGACGAGCUCCAGAGACAAGAUCUACGUUUUGUACAAAUGCAGUGAACUAUUUAAUGGGCAUGGCCGUGAGCUACUUCAUUGCUGAUGCAAAUUUCCUUAACGCCACGAAAAGUAAGGUGGUGGACAUGCUGGUGGAUAUUCAGUGGGCAUUCUCGUCUCUGGUGCGGUCGGCAGACUGGAUGGACGAGGAAACGAAAAUCGCAACUUUGGAAAAGGCGGCGGCAGUUAAACACUUCGUCGGAUUUCCGGAGUGGCUUCUGGACAGGGACCAACUGGAAGCCUACUACGAAGGGGUCCACGUGAAUGAAACAGCCUACCUGUACAACAUGCUGGGAAUCGUUGGCUUGUUCACGACGACAAUGCUUCAGAGCCUGAGGAAACCAAAUGACGAAGACAGUUGGGCUACCGAACCUACAGAUGUCAAUGCAUUUCACACUUUCCAAGCCAAUGCCAUUACAGUGCCUUCCGGAAUUCUGCAGUUCCCCUUUUACGGACUGGGUCUCGAAGCGCUGAAUUACGGAGCCAUAGGAACCAUAUUGGGACACGAACUGACGCAUGGAUUCGAUAAUUCAGGCCGGCAGUACGACAAAGACGGGAACAUGCGUCAGUGGUGGACGAACUCCACUGUAGAGGAAUAUGUGAACAGGUCGGCCUGCUUUAUUGAGCAGUAUAGCAGCUACCGGGUGGACGAAAUCAACAGCUGGGUGAACGGACGAUUGACCCUUGGAGAGAAUAUCGCGGACAAUGGCGGUCUUCGUGAGUCUCUGAGGGCGUACCGCAGGUUUCGAGAGCGAAACGGGCCUGAACCCACGCUGCCAGGACUCGAAGCUUUCUCUGACGAGCAACUCUUCUUUCUAUCCUUUGCUAAUGUUUGGUGCGAGAACUGGUCGAAAGAGUCCCUUCAGUGGGGCAUGGAUGAUGAACACUCCCCAAACCGAAUUAGGGUUCUGGGGGUCCUGUCAAAUUCUCCGGAGUUUUCUAAAGUCUGGAAAUGUCCGAAAGGUUCGGUAAUGAAUCCCGAACGUGACAAAUGUAGAAUAUGGUAAUGAAAUUUUGGGCGGAACACAAUUAUUGGUAUCCACUCCUUGGUACAUUGGUUCAACAGGGUCCGUGCCAUAGUUCAUGCCAUUAGUGGCCCGGCUUCUUACCCCGGAGGCUUCGAUUCAAUUACAGGCUGUGUGGGAUUUGUGGUAGGCAAAGUGACACUAAGGAAGUUUUCUCUUCCACUAUUUCGGGGUUUGCUGCCAAUUAUCACUCAGAUACUAUUCCAUUUUGUCAUCUAUCAUCCGGUUAUGGUACAUACAAUGGGCCCACUUACAGCUUAAGUACGAAGGGACUCAGCAUCACUUCCGUUACAAUUUUGGUUCAGUUAGGAGGUCAAGAGACUAACUGAAUCCUGAACGAGUUCGGCCAUUAAUCUACAUUUGCAUUUGAAGUACUACGAGUAUAUUUGUUCAUAGUAUAGGCUUACAAAUGCAAAGAUUUUACUUUUUGUUUCGUUCUAAUUUAAAAAUGUAUACGACUCUGGUCUGUCACAUUACGUGAUAACCGCUUUGUUUUCAUUUAUCUUUAAAAUAUUUAUGCCUGGUCUCGAUUCUAAAGACUGAACUUAUCCGAUUUUAAUAUAUAUUAUGACUAAGAAUAUCUUACUUUAAAAUUUCCUCCAUUAUAAAAAUCAGUAUUUAUUUCGAAGUGUUUAUUCUUACUAAAUUUUUAGACGUUAUUUAUGAAUCCGUGAAACAAUUAUAGGCCUAUUGGUACUAUUAAUAUCAUUGUACUUAAAAAGUAUGUUAAAUCAUGAUCAAGACCAAACUACUCCACAUGUACAAACAAGUUGUUAUAUCAGGAAUAUGAUAUUUUAAAUAUAUAAAAUUUUGGAAGAUAUUACAAACGUAUCCCAUGUGUAAUAUCCACGCUUUAGAACUAGUCGUAAUACUUGUAUGGAUACAAUUAAAUUACUUCCAGACUCAUAUGCACGGACGAGCUAUACUUGCUGUGUCAUUGUAUAACACGAGUGUUGGCAGCCUCAAGCAUAUUCACUCGUACACAGUUGCACUAAACUAUGACCUACUGUUGUCCCGAAGUUUGAAAUUUGGGAUCCCUGAUCUCAGUUUCCUUGACAUUGAUAUAUUGACGAUUGUCCUACAUUUCAAUGGAGUCAUUAAAAUCAAAACUGUUUUAUGAUUUUAAACAGAACUUACUGUGGAAUUAUAAAAAGUAAUGUCAAAUGACAAUAUCACCAAGAAUCAAAAUCCCCUGAUGUUUUUACCCCCAUUUUACAUUGUACGUGAUGGUUCUCACAGUUAUUUUAAUGUACAUGCAUGUAUAUGUAUUUUGAACAUAUAAUGUGUUCUGAUAUAAGGUUGUGGUUUAAACAUUAGUUAGAAUAAGAGUAUACAAAUAUUUUCACAAACAAAUAUAUAAGGGGCCACAUAUGUAUGAGAGAGUGUCAAUGUAUUGUUUAAUUUGUUAAUAAACAUAAAAUGUAAAUAUAUAAAAAUUGUUGCAAACAAGAACAUAAGAUAACUCGUUGUGCCUAUGAAAUAUGG